UCCUUUUCUGCUGUCAUGAUGCUGCUCACCCCCUGAGCAGCGAUGAGCAGAGGAGAUAUAAAACCACGCAGAGGAUGAGAUGAAGACAGAAGAAGACAGAGUCUGACUUGAUCCCCUCCGGCUGUCAGCGUGCACUCACACAAGGAAAUGGAUACUUCCCGACUCGGCUUCUUCAUCUUCAUUGUGAUAACUGUAACUGCAUCUUCAGAGACAGAUCGGUGUACGGACCUAAACACGGAUUAUUUCAGCCUUUUUGAAGGGGAGGCAUUUCAUUUUGUGCCCCAUGAGCUCGGCAAUAACGUCCCUGACGAUGAGGUCACAUGGUACAAAAAUAACUCCCAAAUCAAUAUCACCACUGAUGAGAACCAGAACGUACAUUACCACGGUGGAGCACUCUUUUUCUUAAACCUCUGCAGUGAAAACUCCGGCCUUUACAUCGCCAGGCAAGAUGAGCCAUCAGGACAGUGUUACAACUAUUUUUUACAAGUUGACGUCUUCAAACGAAGCAAUCCAAUGGAAAAGAAAUUCCUCUACGGAUCCAUUGAAGACUCUGCUAUGGCCAAAAAGAUCCCAUGUCCAGAUCCUGUCCGCAACACAUGUACCUUGUUGGCGGGAACUUUCUCCUGGAGCACGCAACCCCCCUUGCCCGAGCUGCAGACAUUCACUAGCCCUGAAGAUCGUCAAAAAGCUGACCUGUGGAUUAAGACGGAUACUUACAAUGGCAUCUACACUUGCACUUGUACCUGGAAACACAAUAACAAGGAGUACAAAUCGACUGCCUCCAGGGAGGUACAGCAUCGAGGGCUAGGGAGCCACCGUCCGUUGGACUUCAUUUCUCCAACCAACAAGGAGCAGCUUGCUGAUGAAGGCGCUGGGAUCAAGCUGAACUGCUCAGUUUACUGUGGGAUAAAUGUGAAAUCUCACUGCAAGGCCAUGUGGGAGGUUAAUGGAGUCUCUGUCCAGGAGCUCGAUGGAUACAGUCAAACCUUAAAAGAAAACCUAGAGAGUCCCUCACAGAAGACCAUCUCCACUGCAACCCUGGUCAUUGACAGAGUGUCUGCUCAAGAUUUCAAGACUGAGUUUAAAUGCAUCGGCGUAGGCUUCUCUACAAAUAACUUUACCAUUAUAACUCUUAAGCGGAGAGAGUCAAUAAUUCCACUCGUCAUCGGAGGCGUGUGUGUGUUGCUUUUUGGUGUGUUUGCUGCCGUGCUGGUCAAAUGCUUCGCCAUCGACCUCGCUCUCUUCUUCAGACGCUGCAUCCCACUAAGCAGCUACAAAAAAGAUAUGAGGAUGUACGAUGCCUACGUGGUUUACCAAAUGCAGAGCAUGGACAAGGACACUGAGGACGCACUCUGUCAGUUCAUCUCAAAGAUACUGCCGUCCGUCCUCGAGGAAAAGUGCGGAUAUCGACUCUUCAUCCAUGGGAGGGACGACAUACCCGGGGAAGACCGUCUGGAGCUGGUGGAGGACUGCAUGAAGCAGAGCAAGAGGCUGAUGGUCAUCCUCACCCCGGGCUCAGGAUCAGAGUUGGAGAACGCAGACGAACCUCCUGCCUCGCCCCAAACCUCAGUGAUAGGAGGCUUCGACUGGCAGUUGGGGCUCCACCAUGCACUGGUCCAGAGGGAAAUGAGCGUUAUUCUGAUCCAGCUUGGGGACACUGGGCCAAAAGGAUACACACACCUUCCUGCUGGCCUGCAGCACCUGAUUCAAAAGAGUGCCCCCAUCAGGUGGCCAGAGGGUUCGCGGGGCGCUGCAGCCUGGAACUCACGCUUCUGGAAGAGAGUAAGAUACCUGAUGCCUGCAACACCUGCCAAAAAAUGUCUGCAGUCUGGUAUUAUUUGAAACCCUUAUGAGUUUGCUGUGGCUUUACUGAAAUGAUAAUUAGCAUGUGUAAUAAAAAGGAUCCAGAUACACGGGCCCAUCAAACGCUUUACACAGAUGUGAGCGGUCAUGGGUCAUCAGAUAUGUCACAACGAUGCAAGUAAGUCCAGAUAAAGUUGUGAAUGUACCGUCGGUUCAAGGACCUGUUUAUUCAUCCAUAAAAGUAUUUGCAUUUGAAUGGUCACAUCAUUAUCGCCCCCUGCUGGUUAAAAGACUGGAUGUAUAUUUAGCCCUUAGCAGUAAUGAUUUUAUGAGCUUUUUUAAUGACAAAAUUCUAACUAUUAGAGGCAAAAUUCAUGACCUCCUGUCCUCAGAUAGUACCUAUCUAACCUCAAACACAGCUGUAAGACCUAAUAUAUAUUUAGAUUGCUUCUCCCCAAUUUCUUCUUCUGUUAUUACCUGCAUCUCUCUCUCUGUCUCUCUCUCUCUCUCUCUCAUUGUGUCAUGCGGAUUACUGUUAAUUUAUUAUGCUGAUCUGUUCUGUACGACAUCUAUUGCACGUCUGUCCGUCCUGGAAGUUGCUCUUCCUGAGGUUUCUACCGUUUUUUUCCCCGUUAAAGGGUUUUUUUGGGGAGUUUUUCCUUAUCCGCUGCGAGGGUCAUAAGGACAGAGGGAUGUCGUAUGCUGUAAAGCCCUGUGAGGCAAAUUGUGAUUUGUGAUAUUGGGCUUUAUAAAUAAAAUUGAUUGAUUGAUUGAUUGAUAUUCCCACAGGGUGAAAGUACAGAACCCCUGAGAGGCAAGUGUCUGAUCUAAACUUUUUUUGCUGCGGUGUUAAGAGCAUUACAACAGGUGAAAAAUAAGCAGCAAUUUCGGGAUUCAAGCCAGCAUGGAACUUUAAAAGUUGAAAGCUUGGUAGGAUCAAGAUCUUUGACAAUUUAAGAUGCCUGCAUUAAAGAUAAACAACAGGUUUUUGGGGACAUGCUUUAAUGGCUUAGUUUUUUUGAUGUUUGAACAAAUGCUCAUUGAUUUAUGGUCAAAUUUUGCAAAAGGCCAUUGCACUUGUUUGGAACUUGUGGCGCCCCCUACUGACCGAUUUCCAAAUAAUUUAACACGUGGUUUGUCAUUAUUAUUUAACAGACCCUGCAAGUUUUGUAAUGAUUUGACAAUCAGUUACUGAUUUCCAGUCUGAUUUGUAUUAUCUUAUGCCCAUUUUUUUGCAUGUGCAGUGCCCCCUAGUGGUCAAUAUGAAUACAACUUUCAGGUAUGUUCCUGGUACCUCUCAAGACAUCGCCUGCAAGUUUGUGAUGAUUGGCAGAGUGUUUAAGGAGUAAGAUCCAUUAAUGUACUGAACACACACCUUCUAAAGUUCAUUGGUCAAUAUCAACACAAUCCAGUGAGAUAUCAAAAAGCUUUUGAUACCGUUUGAUGACCUUCAUCUCAUGGUGAUCCACAGAAAAUUUGGUACAAAUCAGGCCUACGGCUUAAGGGGAGAUGUCAAAAAUGUGUUUUUAAAAAGAUUCAAUAUGGCAGAAAAUCUGGUCAGGUAGACCUUGAGAGUUCCUGAGGCUUUCAUAGAACACAUUCAGCUGAACAUGUGUGUCGAAUUCUAAGUCAAUCCGACAUACAGUGCGAAGGGGGUGGCCUUUCAAAACAGAAUUUCUUUAACCAUAAUUAUAGCGUAACCCCAUCUGGCCCAUCUGCAUUAUAUUUCUUGGGCACCAUUUGAAUCCACUUCCAGUCAUUGGUGAAAAUUUCAUGUGUCUAUGACGGGAAUUUGUAGAAAUUGUGGUUCAGCCCCUCAGGAUCAUUUUUACCAGCCGUGACAUCACUGUGGCUACAGUUUUACAGUUUUCACCUCAUCAGUCUAUGUCUGAGUGCGUCAUUAUAAAACGUGGUCCUGGUGACGCCUCAGUUGUGGCUGGGCUGACUCCCCAGAUUUCAACUGGUUGGAAGGAAGCGUGAGACUCAGUUUCCAACUACAUGAUAAAAAAUAUAUUCACUUGUGGAAACGAAUCUCGGGAGAACCUUCACAAAGGAGAGCGCCUCCUUAGUAACAGCACAAAAUAAUAGCCUCUUUCAGAACAAAGGUGUUUUUAAAUGGGUUAAAUUGGGUCUCAGUGAAAUAAACCAAGAAAUAAAAUCACUAUAUAAAGUGUUAGGUGAUCGUUUAAUAAGCGAACUCUUGCGUCAAACACCAAGAACAGCCCAGAUGUAGCUGACCUUGUGUUCCCUCCACUUAGGUUUUAGAGCACACAGUAAAAACAGCACAGCAAAAUGAAUUCUCAAAUGAGCCUCGAGACCAGAGUUCAUGAGUGACAGUGUUUUCUAACAUGAGGUCUGUAUUCAAUUGAGGAUCAGAAUGUCCUGGUAGUGUAUUGCCUCACCUCUCUUAAAUCCUCAGAGAGGUUGUCAUCACAUUCUGAUUGGUCCAGAGGGGAAACACACCAAGCUGCUUGCAAUUCUUAGUUAGGGGUCAGUACCCACACCCUGCGCAACAGCUGAUCUGAAUUACCCUCCAAUUAACUGUGCAGUACGCUGCUGUUUCUCUUUGCUUCUAUGUCAUGCUGUUCCUGGAUACAACUGUUGGUCUUCACCUCAAGAGCUCUGUACUCACAUCAGACCACUGCUGUGUCCAACUUGUACUGAUGUGCAGUUGCCAUCUGAAUGUAGACUCUAUAUUUUUUAUGUUCUGUGACUAUACAUGUAGUUGUAUUUAUCUUUUUGCUGUUUCAGCCCAUUCGGCAGAUUAAAUGUUGGUGCUGAACAUGUCAGCAAACCAUGGAUACAUUACAUUUGUAUGUUUCAUACGUGUCAUACCAACGUUUCUAAGGUGACGUAGUAGAUGAGCCAACUUUGUCCUUGACCUUGGUGAGUCGCGUCUUCCAGAAGCUUUCAGGCACCCACUGUGGGUGUUUUUAAGGGGACCGUACCUAUGUUCCCCCAUAAUAUAGGGACCUUUCCGAAAAAGGGUGCUAUGUCCCCCAGGUCCAAUGUUCCCCCCUGAAACGCGAAAGAAAAACGCACUUACCUCAUGUGAUUGCAUGAUUCAAUGCCCAAAGGCGCAGACAACGCUCUCCAAGAGUCACAUAUAUUUAGAAAGGGAAAAAGCCAAGGUUACAGAACAUAGGGGGGAACAUAGGACCCAGGGAACAUAGGGAUGACUCCAGCAGUUUUUUAGCCACAAGAAGCAGGUAUUUUAAGCUCAAAUAUUAUGUUUUCCAAACUAUAACCAAGUGGAAUUUGUGCCUAAACCUAACCACACAUAAAUGACACUGAGUCAGUCAGUCAUUUUCCAUUACCGCUUAUCCUGUCGGGGGUAGCUCAGGGCUGGAGCCUAUCCCAGCUGACACUGGGUGAGAGGCGGGGUUCACCCUGGACAGGUCACCAGACUAUGACAGGGCUGACACAUAGAGACAGACAACCAUUCACACUCACAUUCACACCUACGGACAAUUUAGAGUCACCAGUUAACCUGCAUGUCUUUGGUAUGUGGGAGGAAGCUGGAGCACCUGGAGGAAACCCACGCUGACACGGGGAGAACAUGCAAACUCCACACAGAAGGGCUCCCUCACAAAUGGUUUGAAACGAGGAACCCUCUUGCUGUGAGGUGACAGUGCUAACCACUGCACACGUUUUUUCAUUUAUAAAACUGCAUCAGGACAUAAGAAUGCUUUUCUCUACACACACACACACACACACACACACACACUGAUGCUUACUGAGGUGAGAUUCCUCAUCAGCCCCGAGGGGUUCCUUUGCUGUUGUAUUUCUGUUGAGUCACUUUUAUGCAAAUAAUCCUUUUGUGCAAAUAAAGCCUACAACAUUUACUCUGGUGAACAGGCUGACACUUAAAUUCUGUAUUCGUCUAUAAGAGACUAUUUAUUUAUUCUACUGUUGUUUCUGUAUGACUGAUGAAGACACAGCAUUCUGUAUAUUUAUCUCCAGUGUAGGAUGUUUUUAAAAGUACUUGACAACAAAUGUAAUUUAUGUUGUUGCAAAAUGUCGACUUGUUCAUUAAAAUGC